AUGGCCACAGGGGAAGAAGUCUGGGAUGCUCUCCCAGAAGGGGAAGCAAAGUCUGUUUGGGAUGAGACAGAACACAAUUUUUGGGCGAACCUUCGCAAAACUAAGGAGGCAGAGAACCGCAAGGUGGAAAAGGAUUUUCAGCAUUCACUGAACGAAGUACGAUUAAAGCUUAGUGAUCUCAAAGGACAGCGAAGCCAAUUGAAGGAAUCUCAGAGUCGUCUGGCCAGGGAGCUUGCCAAAGUCGAAGCCGAGUUGGCUCGCACUACGGAUGAGUGCGACGAAAAGGCAGAGCGAUUGGUACGUAUCGAACAAGAUUACCACGAGUCGCGCAGAAAGCGAACAGAAGCGCAACAUGAGAUCUGGGUCAAAAUGCGUCGCUUUUUCCGGGAGAAGAGAGGAGAGGAUCCGAAUACACCCGACACCAGGAGGCCUGAAUCAGAGGGACUUGUUCUGCCUGAUGCCUUGCCAGAGCUUUCGUCAGCUUCCAACGGGCUGGUGCCGCAAAGAGAACCCAUCAACGGUUCUGUAGCGGAAGAAACGAAUCACGUAAACCACGAAGACCGUAUGGAGGGCGUUGAACACCAUGAUCACGGAAACGCCGAGACCCUUGUCGAUGUUGUCGAUGCCGAUGGCAAUGUGAUCGGACCCGUGGAACAUAUCGAACCAUGGAAUCAGUGGGUGGAGGGCAUCCAAGAGUUAGAGAUUCGACGGCCAGUCAAGAUACGCCGAGGACGACGGUUCAACACAACGCAUCUCUCAACUAUUUACGAACGAAGCGAAGCAAAGGGAGUCAAGUGGCUGUCAUGCAUGAUCCAAGCCACAGGCGAGAUACAGUCCAAACGAUGCCAGUCCUGCGACAAGAACCAAGGUGCUUUUGAUGAUUGCAUUAUUGUAGGGGGAGAUCUGUAUCAGAAGUGCGGCAACUGUGAAUGGAAUCGUCAAGGAUGCCACGGUGCUUCUGGGGACACAAUCGACAUAAUAGCCUCGAGAGAGAGGGCACGACAAAAAAAAGAACGUGAAGAGGGAUCAGACGAAACACCUGCAGAAGCUCCCCGCGAGGAAGAACCCCAAACAGUUGAACUUCAGACAAGAUCUGUGUCCAUUAACCAGCCUGCUCAUCACACUACCCACCGAGUUGAUGAACAAGUAUCUGUUGAUGCUCGGCCCCGUUCGCCGCCCUCUGUUAUGCAGCGCCCGCCCGAGCGAUUUGCCGGACAACAACCAGGGAAACAGGCCGAAACAACGUCUGAACAAGUCAUCGUUCGACAACCUGACCGAACGACUGAGCCUCAGCCUAACCGAACAAUUGAAACCCAGCCAGAAAGACGAUUCGAGCGAGUUUCUGAUCGCGUCCCAGAGAAGCUUCAUGAUGUGAUCUCUGCCAGGGGCCCAGAACGAACGGUCGAGGUAGCACCUAUGGCACCAAUGCAGAUUAACGAACAUCCUCAUGGGAUAACUAACAAACCGAUCUACAACUCUCCUCCUGCGCCUCACAGUCGCCCUAGCACUGCCCCUAGAUCAGACUAUGCUCCAGAACGUAUGAUAGACCCUGUGGAUACGCCUCUCCCUAGACCUGUUCAAUAUCAGAUCAGGCCUCCUCAGGACGCAACGCGAGCUACACUUCCACCAACUGCGCCGCAACACCUCCCUCACGAUAUCAUUCGCCCAUCAGCAGAACGCGAUACCCCCAUCAAGGACCCUCGUGGCUCUGAAACCAUUCAAACACCACGCGAGUCGGACCAUGUGCCUACUCCAAAAGAGUAUCGAGUAACUUCAGGGUUCACACCGGCCAAUGUGAGAAGCCGCCCUCCUUCGAGUGAACGAGGACGACCAACCCCGCCUUUGUUGCCACCAGACCCUGCUUCUCAACCCCCAGAGUCCCCUCCCGCAGCCGCUGAGGAAGAGAUAACACGCGAAAAUAUGGUUCUCAAGAAUGACGGAGUAGUUUACACUUACCCUGAGUGUGUGGAAGGUGUACCUUUGGCAAAGAUCAACGAGAACCACCCUUACUGGGAGCCCAACUGGCAAAAUGUGAGGACGCUCAUCGAGCCUCAACUUGCGCGAUGGCGUGAGAAGCACCAGGCUGCCAUCGACGCUGGCACCAAGCAGGAGAAAGGAGGUUCUUCUAAGUACCAAAUUGGUAGACAGGUUAAUCGUGGUAUAAAAAUCCUCGAAUUCCAUGAAACCGGCCCCAUCAGUCCCUAUCAGUUGCUCGGCAAGAAAUACAUCCAGUCUGGCAAGGGUGGCAUCACCUCGUAUGACACCCUAUUCCGUCUUUCAGAGACGAUAUCAGAACUUGAAAAGUUCAAUCUUGAUAUCUCGCCAGUCGACUGGAUGCGGCAGCGUCUCCACGAGCUUAUGCAAGCCCGGGGCGCCAAUUUCAACCUACCAAAGAUAAUUCAUGACUUUUAUCAUGAUUCCAAGCUGACGGCCCUCCGUUAUAAACAUGGUUUCAAGAACAUUGGCCGCCCUUCUGGAGUUAUGAAAUCUCGCCUGAGCCAUGGAAGUCCUAGCGCUACACCGAAACCUCUUCAGAAGCGAAAAUCCAUGCACUCGGGUCCCACUACUCCCCGCGAAGAUUCCUUCAUCGAACAAUCUCCAUUGCCUAGCCAGCUACCCCCAGCCCUCCCAGGGAUAGUCGCAAGUCCUCAGCCAGUCUUCAGUACCCAUCUGAACAAGCGGCCCAAAUAUCUGCCACCUGCACCGGGUCCGGUCCAUGACGAAUUCCACUUUGAUGCCUGGUCCGAUACAGAUUCAUGCAGCGGCGGUCAAAUUAGCAAGUAUGACUGGCGCCUUGCGAAAGUCAAGACUCGUCUAUAUACAAGCCACAGCAGCGUAACACAGUACUGGACCUGGAUAGAGCAGCAACAAUGCUUUCAACACCAGGUGCUCAGGGACUUGCACCCCGCCAAGUGGGGAUAUUUCAAGGACGAGAUUGAUUUCCAUGUCUACUUGGACGAGAUCCAGGAGAUCUCAUGGAAUAUCGAGCAGUGUUAUGUUUACAUCACCGUGAAGGGCGAGGCCGGUGUUAAAGCACCAGAUGGCAAGCCUCGAGGAGAUGUGAUGGCGGUUUUCGCACGAAAACGAACCAUGCGUCGAUUCUUGUUCUUCUGCAGAGAAAAGGGAGUCCAUAUGAACAAACGCUCUGGUGCUGAACUGGACAAUCUUUGGCAAACAAUGAUUUCCGAACAAUUACCAGGUCGUGGCGAUUCAAACCAAAGACUUGUGGAAUCCGUUUAG